AUGGAGGAGAACGGCGGCGCUGGCACGACGAAGUGGAGUAUCUCCAGACCGUCAGCGGGAACGCCGCUGAAGGUCGCGGGGACCAUGAGUAUCCGCGCAGUGCUCGACCGUGUCUUCUCCUCGGUAGACGGCUCGGGCCCGCGGCCAGUGCUGACGCUCGGCAGCGGUGACCCCACAGCCUCGCCCUGCUUCAGGCCUCCGCCCGAGGCCGAGGACGCCAUAGUGGAGGCGCUCAGAUCUGGGAAGCACAACGGUUACUCACCGACAGUCGGCGUCCUCCCGGCGCGCCGUGCUAUUGCAGAGUACCUAUCUCGGGAUCUUUCCUAUCAGCUUUCACCAGACAAUAUUUACCUCACUGCUGGAUGCUGCCAAGCUAUUGAGGUCAUCAUCUCUGUCCUUGCUCAGCCUGGCUCCAAUGUCUUGCUUCCCAAACCUGGGUUUCCAUUGUACGAGUCACGGACCAUGUUCAGUAAUCUUGAGGCCCGACAUUUUAACCUUAUUCCUGAUCGUGGCUGGGAGGCUGACCUUGAGUCUCUGGAAGCUCUUGCUGAUGAGAAUACUGUUGCGAUGGUCAUUAUAAAUCCUAGUAACCCUUGUGGGAGUGUAUACUCAUAUGAUCAUUUGGCCAAAAUUGCGGAGACUGCAAGGAAACUUGGAAUAAUAAUCAUAGCUGACGAGGUAUAUGACCAUUUGGUUUUUGGCAAUAAGCCUUUUAUACCAAUGGGUGUCUUUGCGGAUAUAGUUCCAGUGAUCACCUUGGGAUCUAUAUCUAAAAGAUGGCUUGUGCCUGGUUGGCGACUUGGUUGGAUAGCCACGUGCGACCCGAAUUGUGUGUUAAAGGAAGCUCAGGUUGACAAAUUGAUUGAAAACUAUAUCAAUAUCACAAAUGAUCCUGCAACAUUUAUCCAGGGCGCAGUCCCUCAAAUAAUAGCCAACACAAAGGAAGAUUACUUCAACAAAAUACUUAAUCUUUUGAGGAACUCUGCAGAUUUAUGUUAUAAUAAAAUAAAGGAGACUAGGGCCAUCACAUGCCCUCACAAGCCAGAGGGAUCAAUGUUUGUUAUGGUAAAAUUGGAUCUCUCUUGGUUGGAUGGCAUCCAGGACGAUUUGGACUUCUGCUGCAGGUUGGCAAAAGAGGACUCUGUAAUAGUGUUACCAGGAAGUGCACUAGGAAUGAAGGACUGGAUUCGUAUCAAUUUCGCUACGGAUGUACCUACUCUUGAGAAUGCCCUUGAACGGAUCAAGUCCUUCUGCCAGAGGCAUGCUAAACUACAAGCAUAA